AUGGAUCAAUCAAAUGCUCCACAUCCAGGAAAACCUGAAGAAGAGAAGCAAGACCGCGAUUCAAAUGGGAGCCAAAACCAAGAAAUCACUGAAGAAGAGAACAAAGUACAGAUUCGGAACCAGAUUAGAACCAAAAUGCUAAAUUUUAGCCUGGAUGAGCAGGAAAUUGUCGAUUCUCCUAAGGAUCUUGCUAGAGAAGGACCCAACUAUUUGUUCACUAAGAUUGGAGCCCCUGAAGACUCAGAUGAUUCAAAUGAUUCUCAUGUGAAAUUACUCAAAAAUAUUAAUAAUCCUCCAGCCAACCCAAGCCUCAUGCUUAAUAAUGGCUUUCAGCCUGUGUUCAUGCACAAAGCUCCCGAAGGGAGGAAUGAGGAAGUGAAGAAGGAAGAUACAGGCAUUGUUAACAUAAAGAGUCCUAAGAUCAGGGACCAGGUUAUCGAAAUAGACGAUUUUGACCUCUUCAGUCCUGAAAAGGGAGACCAAGAAGAGCAUGAACAAACAGACUUCAUUGAGAAAAUUAACAAGGGAAUGCAAGAAGAGAAUAGCAUGGAAUCCAUCCUUGGAAGAAUUCCAAAGGAAUAUUUUAGAGAAGAAAAACGAUAUCAAAGUAUUGACAGAGUGCUAGAGCACAUUGAUCAUAAGAGGGAGGACUUCAUAAAAUCUAUUAAUAAUUCUCCCAACAUCGGUGCUGUAUCAAAGACAAUAGAGCCGAUUCUAAACUCCAUUUCUCCUCAAGCAAAGAAUGCGUUAAAGAAGCUCUCCGCAAGAGAUUCUGGUCCAGUGAAACAUCAAGUUUCAGUCUCAAUAAAAUCCAAGCUAAAUGCCUCACUCAAAAAUCAGAAAGAGGAAAAGCUUAGAGAACUCCCUAAAACUGGUGAUAAUAUUGAUGAUCUCAAAGUUGUUCACAAAAACAUCUUCAAAUCUACUAACGAAGAAGAUGAUCCUAUUCAAGAAGAGAACCACCAAAAUCAUGAAGAGACCAGUCAAUUUGCUGGAGAACUAGUCGGAAAUCAUGAGCAAAGCUGUGAAAAGGAGGAAGAUAAGCAAGAUCAAUUUCAAAUUAGUCCUCCUGUUUAUCAGCCAAGACCUGACAUUAUAGAAAACGUUGAUAUAAACCUCUCUCCAUCAGAGAAAAAGCAAGUUGCAGAGGAGGAUAAAACUGCUCAAAAAGAAGAAGACAAACACUCAAAAGUAGCUGAUUCUGAACGGAAAGAUCCUCCUCUAAAAUCUGCAUUGAAGUCUUCCCUUCAAGUGACAUUUAGAAAUGAAAUGAAUGAACCUUCACUCAAUGAAGCUCCUCAUGACGAGCAAGGAGCGGGUACCUUAAUCUCCAAUGAGCCUGAAAUUAUAAAUUUCGAGACAAAUGAUAACCCUGAAUUCAAAGAAGCCAAAAAACUUUCAAAUUCCAAAAAUUCCCGAAAUAAGAAGAAAGGCCUUAAAUCAAAAUAAGUCAAAAUCUAAAGCAUCAGCUAGGCUUGAAAAGAGUCUUAAGUCCAAAAAGAAAGAAAUUGAUCAGAUUCCCUUAGGAGAAGGAAUUGAUACGACUCUGCUUGACUUUGAAAACAUGAGCCAAAUUCCGCUCUCUAAAAAGAAGGAUUUGAAACUAACAGAUGAGGACCAGAGGUACUUCUCAGGUGCGAAGCACAAUCCAUUCCUCCCUAGAAAGCCACCUCAAGCAUCCUUGGACAGGUUUUCCAGCCAAGCGCCGACGACUGAAGACCCUCUGACCAAAAAGAUCGAGGAAUACUUUGGGCUUCGGGCCAAAAGGAAGAAAAGGCUUGAAAACAAGCGUAAAAUGCUUGAAAUGAAGCAACAAAAGAAUGAACAAAGAGUUGCCAAGAUGCUUGAACAGAACAUUAUUGACGAUAUUGGAGUCAACUUCUUGUUUAGAAGAGGGACUGGCCUCAAAGAAGGACUCAUAGAUAUAGACAGAGCCUUCAGAAUCAUUGACAAAGUUGAUGGAAUUAUUAAGGAUUCCCAGAACAAAAUUGAAAGACGCAAAGAACAAGGUAUUAAAUAAACAAGAAAUGGAUGAAGAGAAAAUGUAUAAUUUUGAUUUUGUGAAAUUUUUUGAGAAAAGUGACCUCGAUGCACAGUCUGAACCCAGUGAUCAUAGCUUUAUGACAACUAGUUCAGUCCCAAGAAAGCCUCAUUGACUGCUUGAAGAAGAAAAGUGGAAUAAAGUUAUGAAAUUCUUGAGAGCGAAUCCUAAUAUUUUACUCAAACUUGUCCCAACUACCAUCGCUGUUGAUGAACAAGGAGUCGAAGAUCUUCAAAAGCAGAGUAUCAGAAUGAACAAAGAUCUUGAUGGCGUCAAAAGAUCUUUGAGAAUUAAAAGCGCUUCUCGAAAGAAGAGACUGAACAAAAAAAACAAGCUAGACAAAGCAGAGCCCCCAAUUAUCAACAAGUCUCAAAUAUUGGCAUCAUCCAAGAAUCAACCAAUUUCCAGAAAAGGAACAGGAAUCGAUGAAACAUUUUACUCUGAGAAUAGAAGUGUAAUGAACAAAAGCAGUGCUCCAAACUCGAAAGUUAGGAAUGACUCACUUUCAUUUAUCUCUAAGAGAUUGUCUAACUACCAAAAGCUUGGAGACCAAUUGCCUGGGAUAAACAUUCCUCAAUACUUCAUGGGAGCUAGUGCUCUCUCCAAAGUUGAUUCAGUUUACAGUAGCAACAAUGUUCCUGUCAUAAAAGAUCUCAAAGUUGGAAGAAUAAGACCAAUGUCGAUGAAGAAUCCUAGAAAGCUGAGACAAAAAAUUGAUGAAAAGUAUUACAAAAAUCCUGAUUUGCAAAAUAUUAAUGACCAGUCGAUGCCAACUGUCUGGAAUUCUAAUAAUCCAAACAACUUUGUACAAGUGCCUUUCAGAAAUUUUGGAGGGAUUGAUAGUUCAUUUACUUCUACUAAUAUGAUAAAGUCACCUGAUUAUAAUUCUAAUCACCCAGAUAGGAUAAAUGAGGAUUUAAAUGAAAGGAUAGAAGCCAACUCUCCAAACGCUCUCAUGGACCUUUCCCAGCCAGUUCUAACUCUACGAAAUCAAACAAAGGAUUCUGUCCAAAAGGAGUUUCUUCUAAAGGCAAAGAAGCUAAAGUGAUCUUCCAAAGGAGUUAGAGGAAGCACAAUGAUUUCGACUACUAAUCCAUCUGCUUCUAAUCUACAUGCUUUACGAAAGAGGGUCAAAACUCGUGAAGAUGUUCGUCCCAGGAACAGGAACAACAUCAAAGAUAUGACCAUCUCCGCUCCAAACAAAAGAAACCUAGGCUCCCGCAGCAAGAGUCCUUCUGAAGUUAGAAGUGUUGGUCGUACUAAAAAUCUAAGAAUUCAUAAAAAGAAAAAGAGCAAAAUUUCUCUCGGAUUCAAAUAAAGCUCAAGAGAGUCAGAUUGAUGAUUCAAUACAAAAAUCAAAGGAUGAGAUCUCUUCUCUCAGCAGGAACUCUCCUAAACAAUCUCUAAUACAGAAAAACAGCACUAGCCAGAUAAAACACUAUACUGAUAAUUUAUCUCCUCCCGAUACUUCAUACAUCCAAAUCGAUGAACCUCAAAACCCCAGCCCAGGAUCCCCUUCUGCUAACGAGACCACUGGAAUUUUCAAUGUCAAUAUUCAGCCUAGCUUUAAAUAGCAGCAUGAGCCAUUUCUCAGAAGUCGGUUCCCAAUACCACAAAGUAAAAAUAAUCGAUUGGGAAGAAACAAAAUUUUUCCAGUCAGUCCUGGAUGACUGCACUGAGCUAAACACCGAAAACUCAAAUAGAUUUUUCAAAUAUGAAGAAGUAGACUACAUCGUCGACAUGAUGAAGAAGAGGUAUAAAGAUUUUAAGUCAACAGAGAUGCUCACUCCGUUCUACAAGAAGGGUCAGAACACUCUGGAAAUGCUCAUGCAGGCUUUCGAGCUAGACCAGCUCUAUGAGAAGAUCCAGAGCAACUACUCACAAGUCACACUAGAGAACUGCUUUAAGAUUUUGAUCCGCUGAAAAAUGUGUUUUGAAGCAAGAGAAAGUCUGAAAAUCAUACUGAGAGAUAUAGCAGCUCAUGAGAUUUUAAUGGCAGAAGUUUUUGAUAAAAUUGAAAAUCACCUGGAGUCUUCGACAGAUGAGGAGGAGAGAGAUGAGCUGAGGAGGAAAGGAGAGACCCUGAGCUUUUAUGCACAGAAUAUUGUGAGUGGAAUAAGGAACUUCCAAAGGGAUCAUAAAAUGUUUGGAACUACUUUUGUGUUUGCGAAUAGAAAGAUUGAUAUUAAUAUUAGAAGAGAGAUAGGAGAGCUCAGGAAGCUAUUAGAGCUGUAUGAACUGUAUAUUGCUGAAACUAAUCCAAAAGAGAUGGUUGAAAGGCCUGAUAUCAGACGGUAUAGAACGAUUCCAAGAAGGAAAAAGUACUACCCUCCUCAUAAAUAAAUUAUUCAAUAAUUUUCACCUAA